GCGCGGCUCAGCGACUCGUGGCUGCUUCUAUUCGUAGUGUUUCCUUUUAGGUGAGCUGCGGAUCAUCCAAACGUCAAAGUCGAUAGCAGCUUAAAACACGGUUUAAAGUAGCUUUAUUUAUUUUAUUUUUAUUUAGAGCGUUUCUUGUCCGCCGCUUCGGCCCGGAUGGCUCGCGCAUCAACGGAAACAUAUCGGGGAUAAAUUCUGGCAGAGUAUUUAUUUAUUUUUAAAAAGUUUAGCAGCAGCACUGACUCCAGCGUUUGUUUCGGGUUUCAGGAGCUGCUGUCAGAGCCAGGGCUCGGUUUUAAGUUUAGUUUGGGUUUUAGCGGGCAGACGGAGGCGGUUUGACCAGUUGUUUCUCUCGCUGUUCUCCGUCGGGAUCGUGUCCGCGAGCUCGCCGCGUGCGUGUUUUCGUGCACCACCAUGUCCACCGUCGACUCGGCCGCGAGGGACGGCGAGCAAAACAGAGGCGACGCCGCCGCCAAACUCGACCUUCCCGAGGAGGAACCCGAGAAAAUGUGCGAAGGAGAACAAAACGACGCGACGGAGAAGGAGAACGAGCCCAGCACGACGAGCCAAGACACGAGAGAAGCAGAAAACAGCAAGGCGAGAGUGCGGGAGGCUCCACCGCCCAAAGUGAACCCGUGGACGAGGAAGAGCGGCGGCAGCAGCAGCACAUGUCCUUCCAGCGCCCACACUGACUUCCAGAACCCAGCCAAAGUUGUGUGUGCCAGCAAGCCCAGAUCCAGGAAGUCCAGUAAGUCAAGUGACUUCAGUGACAUCACAAACUGGCCCACUCCUGGAGAGAUAGCCAACAAGGAGCUGCAGCAGAACGUGAUUAACACACAGGGCAGGAAGUUGUCGACAGGACGGAGGGAGAGGAGGAGGGAUCGUGGAGGAGAAAAGAGGGAAAAGGAGAGUGGCAGUGAUGGAAGUGACAGUAAAGAGAACAGGGAGGCGCAAGAGGAGCCUCUAACACACCUCCCCACGGAGGAGGGGAAGGACAUCAGCAAAGACAUGCAAAACAGCACCACUCGCAGGAGAGGAGGCUGGAGGAGAGAGCGAGAGUUCUUUGACGAUGCAUCCAGCAUCCGCAGCGAAGGCAGCAGCGUCCGUGGCAGCCUUAGGGGGCGGGGCAAAGGUCGCGGCAGGGGCAGAGGUCGUGGUCGAGGUCGGUAUGACUACUCACAUAGUUACCGGGACUCCUUCUUGGAUAGUUCUGCCAUGCCCCAGGAUUUCGGCACCAAUAUGAUGUAUUUCUAUGACGACGGUAACCGGGUACAGAUGUACACCAUCGAGGAGAGUCUGCUGAAAGAGUACAUUAAGCGCCAGAUUGAGUAUUACUUCAGCUUGCAUAACUUGGAACGAGACUUUUUCUUACGGAGGAAGAUGGACUCCAAGGGCUUCCUGCCUAUCUCUCUGAUUGCUGGCUUCCGCCGUGUCCAGGCCCUGACCACCGACAUCAACCUCAUCAUAGAGGCUGUUAAAAACAGUGAUGUGGUGGAGCUGGUGGAUGAGAAGAUGAGGAGAAAGGAGGACCCGGAGCAUUGGCCUAUCCCUGGACUCCCAGUCGACUCCCCUCGCACAGAUUUCACUCAGCUUAUACACUGCCCUGAGUUCGUACCGGGACAGACCUUCACCUGCCUGAACGCAGUCUCAACAUCCCCAGCCAAUAACAUCACAGUCGAGCCCACCCCUACUACCAACGGCCAACUAAACGACAGCUCCGAUACAGAGGUCAAACCCCAAACUAGCAAGUCACCAACUGAGCCCAAAAAUGUGUCCAGCACAGCUGAAAGAACACCUGCAGGGCUGUGCAACAAUACGCCUGAUGCAGAUACUCCAAAAGGCCUGUCCAGCAGUCUGCCCGACCACGAGAGCCAUUGGAUCCAGGUGGAAAAACGGCAAAGAAACUCCUCCGGGAAAACCAAGCAAACUGUAAUUCUUCAUCAUCUUUCUCCUCUUCCUCAGUCUGAGCCUUCUGCAGUUAUAGAGCGCUCUGAACCGGUCCGCUCCAGUCCAAACCAGCAGCCUGAGGCCGACCAGGAGGAGCUGGACUUCUUGUUUGAUGAAGAGAUGGAACGACUGGCAGCACCUCGCAAAAACACCUUCACCGAUUGGUCGGAUGAUGACUCAGACGGUGAGCUGGACGACAGAGAUGUGAACAAAAUCCUGAUUGUGACGCAAACUCCGCCACACCUGCGGAAACACCCGGCCGGCGACCGGACCGGGAAUCACGUCUCUCGCGCCAAAAUCACAGCUGAACUUGCCAAGGCCAUCAACGACGGUCUCUAUUACUACGAGCAGGACCUGUGGACAGAAGAGGACAAGCAGUUGGACAGCACCAACAUUAAGGAAGUAGAGAACUUUAAGAAGAUCAGUGUGAUCAGUCAGGACACGUUUGAGACUUUGACCCCUAAACUGCCUGUCGAACCCAACCAAGAAGUGCCCCCUCCACCUCCUCCCUGCCAAGACGAAUCCAGCCUGGCCCAUUCAUUCCCCACCAAUGUCCCAGAAUCCUCCAGUGCUCCACGGACCCCCCGAACCCCACGCACACCCGGUCGCCAAGACCCGACAAAAACACCCCGCUUUUAUCCUGUUAUUAAGGACAGUGGCAACAUUGAUGGAAAGACUCCCCGGAAGAGGAAAACCCGACACAGCUCCAAUCCUCCCCUGGAGAGCCAUGUGGGCUGGGUGAUGGACUCCAGAGAGCACAGACCCCGCACUAAUUCUGUCAGUAGUUCUAAUGCCUCUCCAUCAGAAGGCGCCCCCCUGCAGUCAGGUAGUUAUAGCUGCACCCCUCAGUCUUUGCCCAAGUUCUGGCACCCGUCCCAUGAGCUGCUCCAGGAGAAUGGCUUCACCCAGCAGGUUUACCACAAGUACCGCCGGCGCUGCCUUAAUGAGAGAAAACGGUUGGGUGUGGGUCAGUCUCAGGAGAUGAACACACUCUUCAGGUUCUGGUCCUUCUUCCUCAGGGACAACUUUAACAGGAGAAUGUAUGAGGAGUUUAAACAGUAUGCUGUGGAGGAUGCCAAAGAGAACUACAGGUACGGAUUGGAAUGUCUGUUCCGCUUCUACAGUUACGGUUUGGAGAAGAGGUUCAGACCUGAGAUCUUUAAGGAGUUUCAGGAAGAAACUUUAAACGACUAUGAGAAAGGUCAACUGUACGGUCUAGAGAAGUUUUGGGCUUUCCUGAAAUACUCCCAUGUUAAGAACCAGGUCAUUGACCCCAAGCUUCAGGAGUGCCUCAGCAAGUUCAAGAGCAUAGACGACUUCAGAGUGGAGCCGCCAAUAGGGGAGGAGGGAGGCAGAAGACGGAGACACUCGUCCUCUGGAGGUGACGAGGGGAGACGAAAACGUCACAACUCUUCGUCAUCAUCUUCAAAACUGGCCCCACCCACAAAGCCUUCUAAUCGGCCUGCUGUUGCUACUUUAGCAGCCAAGAUGGAUAAUAACAGCCGGUCAGCUUCUCCAGGCAACACUAAAAAUGAUUUGGCCAAUCAAGGGCCAGCAAAGGCAGCCCCAGCCAAUCAGCCAACAUCCACAGCCAAUACCAAAACCAUCUCAACCAAUAACCCAGCUGCUAUAGGGCCCUCCAAAGUGGCCUCAGCCAGUCAGAAAACAUCUGCCAAGAGCUCCACUGGGGCCAGCGAUCUGACUGCAGCCGUAAAGGCCAAUCCCAAAGAGAACAUGAAGAAAAGUCUGCAGCCUGAUGCACACAAGGGAGAACCAGCGACCAGCAAAACCAAAGAUGACAGUCAGCCAAAUAAAUAAAUCCUGGACUGUGUUCUGCUUCCAGUGACCACUACUUCUGAUCUUGGAUGAGAGCGGUCUUUUCAGGUUUACUGUUUACACCGUAAAUCUGUCCCAUGAGUGAAUCAGUCAAACCGUUAACAUGAACCUCAAGUGUUAAAACCUUCAAAGCUGCAUUGAUUUCACUACGUCACUGUGUCAACCUAAAUGUUGUGUAUUAAUUGUCCCAGCAGACUGAUUUUGACUCAUGGGAAGGUUUUUCUUGUUUGCCGUUUUUAAUUAGACACUGUUUUAAUCAGUUGACUGCGAAGAAUCAUUGGGGUCAAAAUGUUUUGCUGUCAAGUUUACGAACGCUGCAUCGGAUGCAGCUUACAAAGUGUUCAAAUAUUGAAUGUACAUUUCUUUAUUUCUUUCUUUCUCUCUCUUUCUUUCUCUCUGUUUGGUUGUAUUUCUAGGGGUGCCUUACAUUUCAAAAGAAAAAAAAAAACAAAAA